AUGGCUGGAGGUGAUCUACACUGGAUAUGGAAACCAUACGCGCUUUACGCUCAGAUUGAUUAUGUAUACGGAUGGCCCUCGUUCACACGAGGAGACGGCUUUGCGAAUGCCCAGUCAUUGAUGAAUGUGCUUGAAACAAUCUUGAAUCUGGCAUACGUCUACUACGUGCACAUCCGUCCUUCUUCUGUUGCCCCGCUUGUUGGGUUUUCCAGUGCAUUAAUGACAUUGUCCAAGACUGUCUUAUAUUGGUUAAAUGAUUAUUAUUGCUCGUGGUGUACUAGUCACAACCCUCCACUCAAAUGGAUUAUCCUUUUUGCUUUACCGAAUACUUCUAGCUCCAUCUCAUCCCAAUCUCUUGCGCUAAACAUAAUGAUGAACGACUAUCGCACAGUGCUCUACCGAUUGGACUUGGCCACCUCGUAUCCAACACUACAUGCAUUAUUGCAGCAUUUCAUGAACGAAUCGCCCCUCGACGGUACUCUCGAGCUGCGUGUAGUGACCACUCCUAGCACUGGCAGUCCUCAUAUCCCAACCCCUCCAAGGUCGCCCAACCCGCAUGCACCUCAUGCGAUGAUGUCAGCACCCGAGCAUUACAUGUCUUUCGCUCGAUCCGAUGAUGGUCGGGAGGUCCAUGCCCGGCACACAUUUGGUGUUCCGCCCGACCCCGACCUCAAUGUGAGCCCUAGUUCUCCAACCCAGAGGAGCAUUUAUGCUCGUAAGCCCAUGAUGGCAGUUACCCACGAAUUUCCACCAAAGACCUCGGUCAUCGCUGCUUUCAUUCCAAUCGUCGAGCAUUUCUUGCGGACAGAUCAUGAGCUGGCAUCUGUCAUUUUCGAGUGUCGAAGCUACAUGCAACCGGCGGAACGAGGCGAAGUCCAUCCACUAGAGAUCCUAGACAGACAGGCUCCGUACAAGCGUAUGUUCGGAUAUGUGGGGAGAGUAAGAGGAGGCAUGACCGUAUACGAACUAGAUGACACUGUAACGGGAACUAUGUUCUCUUCCAUUCCUGUCAAUUUCCCCUUGCCGCCAUGA